UAGUCCCAACAAACCAAAACAUAUUGCGAAAUGUGUCAUCACCACUUCCUCGCCCAGCCUGGAUCUCCAGAAAAUUCUACUUAACUCUAACACGUCUGUCUAGUGUCUAUCUGAUGCAAUCUUUUGCCAGAGUGGUAAUGAGCACAAUCUUGUUUGGUUUAUAAUCAGUACCCCCAUUUCUAUUUAUCAAACUAGCUACCGUACCUGACUGAGAAGAGAUCGAAGUUCGAACUUCAAAGAUUCAUUCCCGCUGUCUGCCUCUGGCGAUCAUCAGACAGUAUCAUCGACGCUCGCUGCCCCGUCCGACUCGGCUUUGACUACAGCCACAAACAUGAUCGGUGGGGAGGAUAUAACUGAAUUUUUGACCAGCCACCCUGAUAUGGGAGAAAUGGAAAAUGCUGUUCUAUUGGCUAUUAAUGACUUAUAUAAACAGAAGAUGAUAUCUAGUGAUGACCGAUCCAGACUCCUGUACCAUCCUGUAGAGCAAACAUCUCGCCAUCACCAGCCGUCAUCAGUAGGAAGCUUCCUUUAUCCAGGGAUACCUCUCUAUACUUUGCUUGCAGACAUCCUAAAUCAGUGGAUGGAUUAUGGAGUAUGUUAUGCCAAGGAUCUGAUUACAUAUGAGUGUCUGGAUGAAGCAGAAGGCAUUGAUAAGAGGAAAAUGGUUCUGGACAAUGUGACAUGUCACAUGAUGGGAAUCAGAGGAUCAUGGGAAGGGUUGCAAGAUGACGAGAAGAAACACAAGAUAAGCCAGUUGUUUAAGGACAUUGGUAAGAGAGGACUUCUUGACUUGAUUGGUGUGAGAAGAACAGUCGGAACAGAAGAUACAUUCCCACCAACAAGAGAUAUCUUAGAAAAAAGUUUCAGGGAACAAAAUAAAGGGAGUAGUAAGUUAACAGUUGGAGCGAGGGCGCUAGACAAACAUUGCCAUCGAGAUCAGUCGAAUAACUGGUGGGGACGACCAAAAGGAAGUGAGGAAUCUAAGAAUGAAAAUGCUGAGCGUGUUUUGAGGAAGAUUCUCAAUGAGGUUGGAUGGCUUAAUAUUCAUCAGUUGCCACACGCGUUGCCGAUAUUGGAAGUACGGAAUAUCGAUGGGUAUGGGGCACGAUGGUCACCGGAUGGGACAGAGUUUCGAGGAUUCUUAGAACCUCCAAUGAUCGCUGGAUGGGAAACAGGAUAUAAACAUUAGAUAACUCUUGCCCCAAUAAAGGAGAUGAAGCUCCUUGCCCCAAUGGAGAGGAAGAAGUUUCAUAUGAGGUCAGAGCCUUGCUCAGUGACAGAGAUCAGGGGAGCAUUUCAUCAACAUUUUUUUUUGUCCGACGAUUUGUCAGAUCUGACAACUUUCCUUGAAUCUGAUUGGCUGAGAGGAACUGUUAAUAUGGUAACUGUCGGAGAAAACAGAACUUGUUAGACAAAUCGUCUGAAAAGUCCUUUCAUGAAACGCUCUCCUGAUAGUUACAAGGAUGGGGCAGGUUGGAACGUCAAAGAUUGACCUGGCUAUAAUGAGGAGACCUUUACAAUAAUUCCAUCUUAAUUGCAGAUUUUAUUAUGUUUUUAAUAGCUAUUCAAAUACAUAAAUGAAAGGUAUAUACAGUUAAUCAAGAAAAUUUAACAUAAAAGAGGGCAAUAUGUGAUUAUCUGUUUUUUUUUUAUAUCUUACUGGAACAGAUAAUGUAUGUAUAGACUGGCAGGUUAGAAAAUAUACCUGAAGAGAUCGGUUCUAUUUGGCGUAAAAUUUAGUUUGGUCAUUUUGUUAAUGGUAAUUAUUACUUUGUAGCAAACCAUAUUUGAUAAAGGUAUCGAUUAACCCAGCCAACACUUUACGAUCCACUUUGACCGUCACAGCAAUGCAAUGUGAUCAUAAUGAAAAUAAUGUUAACGGUGUAUCUCACUGAGCAAGGAUUUUGUAUUCGUCACCUGUUAUGGCGAGUGAUUCAAACGCCUACGAAUGUUUUAAAUCUGGUGAAGAACUUCAUGGGAUUUUUUUACGAACAUUGCAAUUCUAUUUAUUUCCAUUUUAUGUACACAAGAUCAUUAUACAUUGUUUAUUUCUUGAUCUUUAAUUCGUAUGCGAAUGAUAAAGAAUGGAUUAUAGAUAGAUUGUAAUAGCGAUCUUUUGUUGCAACACGAACAUGACGAAUCAUGUAAUUUGCACCAUCAACAUGAAUCGUUUUGUUUAGGCUCACAGUUCAACACAGCACGAUAUCAUAAACAUAAGUAAAAGGAGCGUUCACACUCAGGCAGUCUACUUCCAUAGGACAAUGUGCAUUAAGAUACAUAUACCAUUCACGAUCAAAACAUAUAUUACGAAUUAUUGAUGCUUGGAAAAAAUAAAGCAUAAUUUGAAUAAUUUAUUCCUUGCAAUUUUUGUGAUAUCAGUCGUAAUGAGUUGCAGAAAUUUAUUUUUUAAGGUUUUAGGCCUAUAUCAUCAGUUUAUAUAAAAAUGUUGCCCUCGAGAAAACACCCAAGAUACCAUGUGACUAAUUUUGGUGUAAAGUUGUUGUAAACCAAACUACUAAGCAACUCUUAAAAAAGAAUAGAUUUCCUGAUUUCCCCUUCACCUGUUGCCAGGUAGUUUUCCACAUACUAAGCAUCUAGCUUAGGAUUGGUCAAAAGUUAAUCACGUGAUAAUACUGAGUUCUCCAUCUGUUAUCAUUCGCGGCAACGGAUCUCUUGUGGUUAUCAUCAAACGUCCCUGAUCAGGCCAUAUCAUGUAAUUACCAAGGAAAGAGUAUUUCAAGCUCCAAGAAAAGGAACAUCGGUAUUACAGGUGGAAAAGAUAAAUUGUGCCCACAUAUUUAAACUGGUGUGAUGCUAGCUGAUAAUGUUAGGUAAUUUUGAUUAUCAUUUGCCGUUACUUUUGAAGCAGUUUUCUGAUCAGAUAUCGUAGUACUGCACGUUAGAAGAUUUAAAUAUGAACAGAGUAUUUAAACGUUUUUGUAGUCGUUUUGUCUCAGCAGAACGCAACGAGAGUAGGUGAUAAUAUGAGAGGUCGUAUCAAUUGAAAGGUCACGUGCAUCCGAUCCUAGGUCACGAGGUCAUACACGUCACCUGAUAGUUGCAUGGAUCCCAGCACAUCUCCAAUUGUUUUCAGUGGAAAAGUGCCUUAUCGUAGAUUGAGUACAUAAACUUGGAAACCAACUAGAAGCAAUGUGCCAUUUUCAUAAUACAGGCCUAAAAUUGUCUAUUUAGUUAUGAUUUUAUGAAUAGGAAAAGUGUUCCAAAUAGUUCAAUUUUAAUGGUAUCUCAAUUAAACCAAGAGCCAUAUUGUGCAAUGGGAUUUUUAAGUUGUUAAAGUAAAGGAGAGAAAAGAGUUUAUAAUGGAAAUGUCUUUUGACGAAACAUUUAUGUCGUCUGACCACCCCUUCCCCCCAAAAAAAAAAAUCA